UCAGAAUGCUUUGAUAUUAAGUCACCUCUACUCGCUCUUGCUCGUUCUUGGUAAGCAAAUUUAAAGAUAGUCCAAUAAUACUACAAUCGGGUCAACGAGACUUUAUAAAAGACUCUGCUUUCUUAUAAACGAUCUUUAUUAUAUUAGUUUCACAAUCGCUAUAAAUACCGCUUACUACGUGGACACAUCACACAGUGCAAGGAAGAAAGUCUAUCGAAGAGAAAAGAUUUAAGUGAGAAAAGAAUUAAGUGAAUUUCUCAGAAUAUACAAAAGUCAGCAGAAUGAAGAUUCUUGUACUCAUCGCGUGUGUAUUGACUAUUGCUUCUAUGGUUUAUACCGAUGACGUCAAAAAAGUACAGAAAUUCGGCGAUGAUCUCGUAACAUGUGCCGAUACAUUGAAUUUGCCCAAAGAACUCAGUGUCCAUGUGAUCAAGUGUAUGUUCGAAAACAAUUCCUUGAUCGACGAACAAGGUGUGCUGAAAAAAGAUGAGAUUUUAAGAUAUUUCGAUAAUAUCAUUUCCGAUCAACAAUUACAGCAAAUUUCUUCUUGUAUCGAUUACGGACAAAAUCGAGAAGAAAGCAACGAUAAGAAAACCCUUGCAGCCAUACAAUGCAUUCGAUUCAAGCUAUUAACACUUACAAAAAACUACUAAACAAACUAGUCUAAACAGAAGAAAUCGCCACAAAAAUUAUCAUAAAAAAAAUAUAUCUACAUAUAAAAUAUCUAUAAUAAUUGUAUAAUGUGUAUAUAGUUACAGCUAUAUCUAAUACAUAUACAAAAAUAAUAGUUAUGGGAAAAUAUUGCUUUAAAUAAAAAGUUUUCACUUUAAA